AUGUUUGAUCAGCUCCCUGACGACAUCGUCUUGGAGAUUGUUUGCCACUUGAGGACUGCCCGCGACGUCGCCAGGCUUGCGUCGUCGUGUAAACACCUCCACCAUCUUCUGAGCGAAGAUGGCUGGCGCACCUUCGUCAGGUCCUGCUUCCCCCUCCUCUCCCUGCCCCUCAGCUCACACCCCAAAUGGAAGGAACUGGCAAACGCCCUUACCCGCCAGACGCGGGCUUGGGAUACGAAGGCCUUCCAGCCCAUCGCCUACACCGACAGUCGCCGUAAGGACGGCAACUUCUUUACGGGCUUCACGAAUGCCGCCCGCCCCUUCCAUCCCGUCAUCGACGCCCGCCUGACCUUCGACAAGAGCUGGGAGCUCGUGUCCUGGGGCGCCGGGGAGGAUAUCGUGGGCCGCUUUAGACCGCUCAACACCCGCGGCGAGUCCGAUGCUUGGUUCCACAUGGAGGGGAAGGCCAAGGGCUACGAGGCGGGCGUGGGAGAUGUCACGGCCAUACACAUCGCGGAGCCGCACGGGAAGCUAGGUCUUUUCGUGGGCCGGGCCAACGGUGAUCUCUCGCUCGUCUCAGCGGCCCCGGGGAGCGCGGGUAAAACGCUCGCCGACUUCAAGAUCCCCAAACCCACUGGCACCUUAGAGGCUACCACGUGGACUUCGAUCAGUUCGAUCGAUACGCUGCCCAGCCAGUCAUCAGUGAUCGCUGGCAACAGGGCAACGGUCAGCUUGUUCCCGCUUGACGCGGAGACCACAGGCGAGGCAGCUCCUCUUGACUCCCAGACGUUUAAUACGUCUGGCCAGUCUAGGACGCAGUUCAUCCACGCUGCGAAGGUCAUGAACAACGACACCGUCGUUUGCGCCCUGGCUGGCGACAUUGACCCGAUCCGGUAUCUCACCAUCACACCCACGGGCUUCACCCCGAACCUGGCCUCGAAGAACCCCUCCCUCCUCGCCUCGCGCGGCAUCGACACGAACAAGAGACUUACCGUCCGCGCCAUCCAACCCGUCAACCCAGGCCCAUCAGGCCACACCAACCUCCUCUUGAGCGCCUGGGACGAUGGUACCUGCCGCCUCCUCGACAUCCGCACGCCAUCGCCAUACGACGCGCUCUACCGCGACAUGUACCAGCCCUUCGAGCCGGUGUCCUCGCUCAUUACGUACGGCUCCGAUCGCUUUGUCGCAGGCAGCGCCGAGAUCGAGGCGCUCAAGAUCUUCGACUUCCGCUGGAGCAAGUCGUACUACCACUCUGCCGCGCUGCCAUGCUGGUCCGGCACGCCUUUCCCGGACCCGCUCAGGGGCACGAGCAGCCGCCCGCUGAGCCUGAUGGGCGUCGGGUGCGAUCACUUCAGGGGCAGGAGUUGUGUGUGGCAUGAGCACUCCCGGAAGGACUACUAUCGGCCCAACUACCGCUCCCACGUGAUGCCCUUCAAGGGGGCAUCGCGGGCGUCGAACUCACGCAUCUUCUCGCUCGCCAAGGCGUCUGACGUCUCGGACUCGUUCUACGUCGGGCUCGCCGGCGCGGUGGCGGAGUUCACGACCGCUUCGCAGGACGGGCAGGACGCGGUCCCGACGGCUGUUUCUUCGGCGGCUGAGAAGCGCGGGUGGAGGGCAAGGGAGUCGCAGUUCAGUUUUGCGGAGACGGGGGAUGGCUUGCUGCAUCCCGGGGUCUCGAUGAGUACCUUCAUGCCCCGGCUCGUCCAGCGAUUCGGGGAUGAACUUGACGCGCCGCACUUCAGUGGUUGGCAUUCUAAACAGACGCCGAAGACGGCAGCUUGGCAUCGUUGGGACAAGAGCUUUUGGCGCCCGACACAUUUUGCGUUCUGA